AAAAAUGAUUGCAAUUGUUUAGACCCCAAGUACUGUACCAUCAACUAGAUAAAGUAAAACAGUAACUUAUUAAUUUCACCUUGAUUAGCCUGGAGAAUACGAUCACUUCAGAAGAAUCUUAAAAACUAGAUAGAGAUUCCCAUCAAGUGCAGAUUGCAAAUUCAGGAAAUCUGUAAGCAGUCCAUUAAAAAAAUAAAGUGCCAAUCAACCUACAGAGAAGCGAGUCCUUCUUACUUUGUAAGAUAGACCCAAAACUUAAGCAGAUUUACCAGAGAGACCUCCUGAAUAUUACAAUUUGUUCAACCUACCAUAUAAAAACUACAAAUAUUAAAAGCCUCCUGGAUAAAUCAAUGUAGCAGAGUACCUUGAGGGAACAUAUAAAUUAGGGAAAACCAUAGGGAUAUGGGAUAAAAAUACACUGCACAAGAAAUUAAAUGUGAACAAGUAUUCGAUGAUUAAAUGAAAUUAGCCUUUAGAUUAAAAGAAGCAAUUACACAUCUGAUCAUCUUAUAAAGGCAAGAAAGCCAUAAGGUCCAUCGAGUUGUUUGGAAACUAUUUACAUAGCUAAAUUGCAAUUAGAUAAUGAACAAACCUAAGAAGGGUUGGUUAAGAUGAAGGCAAUGGAAGACACUCUAAAAUAGGAUAUUCAAAGGUAUCUUGUUGAAGGAUCAUCGACUCAGCUUUAAAUAAAAUUUCCAUCAUAAUCAUACAUUUUGAAUAGAUGGACAAGACAAUCAAUUGGUUAAGAGCCACCUCAAUGCUCAAAAUGUGAAUUGAUUCCUAAAUUCUCUUUUCAAAAAAACCAAGUUAACAAUAGUGUUGAAUCACUGAGGAGAUCUAUGAUAUAAUUUCAAGCUCAGGAGACUUCUUCAUAAAUUACAGAAUUGCCACAACAAAUGAAAUUUUAUAAAUUUGAGUAAGGCUUUACUAUUGAUAGUGCAGUCCAAAAAUUAACUCAUUUUGGCAUCUCUACAAAACUAAAGGAAUGACUAUUGAAUCUUUAAAGGAGGGCUUUUAGAUCUUAAAGAAGCCAAUCAUAGGUGAUAGACUAUUAUUAAGUUUUGACUUAACUCCUAUAAAUAAUGAGGAAAGGGUAUCAUACAAAUAAUUCUGCUAUUUUGUGAGAGUGUUCAUUUACAAGAAGGCCAGUUUAAAGGAGAUGAUAGACAGUGUACUUAAUGUAGGUGAAUUAUUUAAUAAUAAUAGUUUUAUGAUCCAGAGAGAUAAUAUAGAGUUACAAACAGAGAGUUUAUUAAUAUCAAUAGGAUACUUUGUGAAUAGUUUAUGGAGAAACAUCCAACAGUGAAACCAAUCUAUCAAGAGUUAAUCUAAAAUUUUAAACUGUCGAAAGUAAUUAAUGAUGAAAAUGACGCUUAUUUUGAUUAAAAAGCAUUUAAGCAUGUCUUCAUUUCGAAUUAGAUGCAUAUUUAAGAUAUUAUAGAAUUGAUUAGUGAUGAGUGA